AGCUAAUAAGAUGAAAUGAGCACUGAUGUACAUUCAGGGUGGAAAAUCCCUUGGCAAGCCCAGUAUUAACAGUAAUGUUUCCAGUCCCUUAGUUCUGCAACCAUUGAGGAGAAGAAAGAGCUAUGCCACUGAUCUCACCAUCAAGAAACAGAGGUCUUUUAAGCAAUCGCUUUUAGAAGUUGAAGAACCAAGACAAACUCUCUCCGAGACGAACCUAGUAUCCGCAUCUUUGAACAGGGAGUUGACGUCCACAUUGCUACAGAAUGAUACUAUCAAUCAGAAUGGCAGACAGAUACUAUCUCCCAUCUUACCACCCUACCUCAAGGAUAACCUCGGCAUAAGCUUCGACAUGACGUCAGGGUUGUCAGUAAUAGGAACACAGUUAUGUGAGCCAGACAGAAGAGGAUUGAUCAGUGGUCCAGGGCUGAGACUAAAAUCUGGUUAUGCUCCAACUCCUAAUAAAGAGCGGAUUAGUGUAAGCAAGACGAAGAUAUCUCCUCCGUUCAUUCAGACAGCUAGUGGUAUGAUAUCCUCCAGCAGAGUAUCCUUUCAGGAUUUAGUGAUCUGCGUACUGCACUGUUUACAACAUCUCAUGGGUAAUAGAGGUAAAGUCCAAGCACCAAAUGAUGAUUUGAGUGUCAAGCAGAUCUGCUACGAAAUAGCUUUCAACGUUCUCAAAUAUCGCACAGUGAUAGUGGACGUUCUGAACGAAUCCCAUUUCUACGCUACAUUCCCUAAACUACAAGAUAUUCAUCAGCUGGUUACCAUCCUCACCUUCAUCCAGUAUAUUAUUGAGCAGCCUUUACCUAAAGACAACGUCUAUCACAACGAGAUAAGGACGAUCCUAAGGGCUCUGUUUAUGCACAAGAUUCACAUUGACGCCUCAUUUGCACGAUCACGUAUCAAGCUAAAUGCUGCUACUGUAAUACACUUAUUACCUGAAGAAGACAGGGAAGAGUAUGAGAAAAGUACACAGAUAGAUGAAAAUGCGCCUCCUUAUUAUUCAAGAAUCAACAGAGUUAAGAAUUCUGCAGAUGACGUCAUAGGAUCACUUCAACAGCACUUCAAGUAUUAUCCCUCAACUCCUGACAACAUCACUCUUAAUAAAAACCCCGGAUUUUUCAGGGAUAACGAGUUUAAAGAUCUCCUGGUAUUUUCCCACACCCUACGGGAGGAGUUGACUUCAUUGGCGAUUGUUAAAGAAUCAUCGCUGGUACUACAAGAACGUGUACUGUCGUACGUCAUAUCAUCUUUACAAGGACUGAUAAUUCGUGGAUACGAUAUCAUUCAGACUCAUGCUGGAUCAGGUUCCCUAUCCAGCUACCUAGCCUCAGUGGUUGAUGGUAACAAGUGUAAAUUACGAGUCUGUGGCUGUAGUCCUGGAGACAUUCCUCAUUUACAGAGGAAUGUUUCCAGACAAGGGAUUAGAAAUACUGAGUUACUGUCAGCCCCAUUCCUGAGCUAUCAAAUUCCUGAGAAACCAGCUGUUCAGGCUAUAGUGUGUACUCCUCCUAAUACUAUGAGUGCUAUUAGGGAGCCUUUUAGAUAUGCGCUCUAUGAGGGAGAUUACAGCGUGGCUGGGGAAAAAGUCAACAAAAAUCAGACUUCGCUGAGGCAGUAUGUCGUUCAUCAAACAAAAACUCUGAGGCAGGCGCUUUCAUAUCCAAAAGUAACGACUGUUAUUUACUUUACCCUAUCAUCAAACUUCCAAGAAAAUGAGGGUGUCGUUAGGAACUGUUUGGAGGAGUUCAACGAAAAAUGCGAAAAUCCAGCUCACAGAUUUAACCCUAUACCUGUGUUACCAACGGUGCGACAUAAUGUGCUCAGUGACCCGACAGCAGAAAAACCCUCUCCAAAAGAGUUCUAUAAAUUCAUCGAGCCGGAUGCUGGAUAUGCGGGUGGCUUUCUCACUGUUCUUUACAGGAAGAUGCCCGAAGACCCCAAACCAUCGCACAACCACACAGAGGAAUCAGCUUCAACCACAUCCAUCAGAGCGAACAACCCUAGCAUAACACUCAAUUCCAGAGAAUCAAUCUCGCAAACGUCACUGCAAACCACAAACAUCAAGCGGAAGAAAAAGGGACACGCUAAAGUUAUUUCCAUGGGAAUGGGGGACGACAAUAUGGUGUUACUAACAGGUGACCUUAGCAAGCUGGCUCUUGUUGAGAAACAGCCUUCUAUUCAAUCGUUUAAAAAAGAGUUUAUUCAGAGCUAUGAGAUGAUCAUGGGUCCUGGAAGUAGAGCUAAGAUGACGAAGAUGAAACACGUGAAACCCAAGAAAGAGCCCGAACCAGUUCUUCCUAAAGUCAGCGCUGUUAUUACUAAAGCGAUGGAAAGUCGGAAAAGGGAGAAAUUCAAGCCUACACCCAUUUAUAAACAAAUAAUAGAGCAUCCCCAUCCGUUCAAGUAGAAUGAUAGUGUAUCUGCGCCCGCCGUGGGCUGUCGUAGAUUCAUCCUACAGUAUCAACGAUCGGUGUUCAGCUUUGAUUGAAAUUUGUGUCAGUGUAUUUGAUAUUUGUGAAUGGACCGAUCGAGAAUAGAUUUUAAAAUGAUUAAUCAUAAAUCUUUAACAAUCUAGUUGGUGUUUCGAUCACAGAAAUGGUUUCUAUAAUUAAAGGGUUAAUACAUUGUAAAUACAUACGUACAUAAGUAACAUUUUCUGAAA